UCCCUGCAAAGCGGCCUUAUUUAUCGGGGCACUGCCUCGGCCUCCCCGGUGGGGGGCUCGGGGCGGCCGAUCCUCUCCCACCGGGGAGCUCCUCUCCGGGCGCGGCCGCGGGGGCCGGCCAGGCCGGGGCGCGGGGCGCGGGAGGGCCCUGCCGGGCCAGCCAGCACCCCGCCGCCGCCCCGCUCCGCCAGCGCCCAUGCCGGGCUCCCCAUGACGAGAAGACGCCCGGCGGACGGCGUGGCAUGAGCCAGGUGCCCGGGCCGAGAUCGAGCGAGGAAGAUGUCGAGCCCGGGUGUGGACGGCGACCCCAAGCCUCCAUGCUUGCCUCGCAAUGGCCUGGUAAAGCUGCCGGGCCAGCCCAACGGCCUGGGUGCAGCCAGUAUCACCAAGGGCACGCCAGCUGCCAAGAACCGCCCCUGCCAGCCACCUCCCCCGCCCACCCUCCCACCGCCCAGCCUGGCUGCCCCACUGCCACGGGCUGCCCUGGCUGGGGGCCUGUGCCCCCCAGCGGGGCUCCCCCUUGGUGGACCAGCCUCAGCCCCAGUUCCCGGGCCCCCGGUGGAGCGGCCACCAUUGGCCACAGAUGAAAAGAUCCUCAAUGGCCUCUUCUGGUACUUCUCAGCCUGUGAGAAGUGUGUGCUGGCCCAGGUGUGCAAGGCCUGGCGGCGUGUGCUGUACCAGCCCAAGUUCUGGGCGGGCCUUACACCUGUGCUGCAUGCCAAGGAGCUCUACAAUGUGCUGCCCGGUGGCGAGAAGGAGUUUGUGAACCUGCAGGGCUUCGCUGCGCGCGGCUUUGAGGGCUUCUGCCUGGUUGGCGUCUCCGACCUGGACAUCUGUGAGUUCAUCGACAACUACGCCCUCUCUAAGAAGGGGGUCAAGGCCAUGAGCCUCAAGCGCUCCACCAUCACUGAUGCCGGCCUGGAGGUGAUGCUGGAGCAGAUGCAGGGCGUCGUGCGCCUCGAGCUGUCGGGCUGCAACGACUUCACCGAGGCAGGGCUGUGGUCCAGCCUGAGCGCGCGCAUCACUUCGCUGAGCGUCAGCGACUGCAUCAACGUGGCCGAUGAUGCCAUUGCGGCCAUCUCGCAGCUGCUGCCCAACCUGGCCGAGCUGAGCUUGCAGGCGUACCACGUGACGGACACGGCGCUGGCCUACUUCACGGCCCGCCAGGGCCACAGCACGCACACGCUGCGCCUGCUCUCCUGCUGGGAGAUCACCAACCACGGUGUGGUCAACGUGGUGCACAGCCUGCCCAACCUCACUGCGCUCAGCCUCUCUGGCUGCUCCAAGGUCACAGACGAUGGCGUCGAGCUCGUGGCUGAAAACCUGCGCAAGCUGCGCAGCCUCGACCUUUCGUGGUGCCCGCGCAUCACUGACAUGGCGCUGGAGUACGUGGCCUGCGACCUGCACCGCCUGGAGGAGCUGGUGCUGGACAGGUGUGUGCGCAUCACGGACACUGGCCUCAGCUAUUUGUCCACCAUGUCGUCCCUCCGCAGCCUCUACCUGCGAUGGUGCUGCCAGGUGCAAGACUUCGGGCUGAAGCACCUCCUGGCCAUGAGGAGUUUGCGCCUCUUGUCUCUGGCAGGCUGCCCGCUGCUGACCACCACGGGGCUGUCGGGCCUGGUGCAGCUGCAGGAGCUGGAGGAGCUGGAGCUGACCAACUGCCCCGGGGCCACUCCCGAGCUCUUCAAGUACUUCUCGCAGCACCUGCCCCGCUGCCUUGUCAUCGAGUAGCGCGGCCCCUGCCCU